AUGAAGUGUCCAUCCCACCUAGGGACGUAUGAAGGGAAAACUGAUCCCGAUGACUUCCUACAAUUAUUCAGAAGAGUGGAAGCUAUGCAACAAUGGAUUGACCCAGUAGCUUGCCGAGCCUUCGGUUGGGUACUCAAAUGUGACUCCAAAGAAUGGUUUAACAAUCUCCCAAAGGGUUCAAUAACUGGCUUCACGGACCUGAAAGAGAAAUUCCGAGAAUACUUCAGCCAACAAAAAAAGCACAAGAAGACUUACAUCGCGGCUCAUAAUAUCAAACAGGGAUCGGAGGAAGAAUCCCAAAGGAUAUCAGGCCUCAUCCACGGGUGCCGAAGCAGAGCCCUUAUCGAGCAUCUGGUAGAAAAGCUAUUGGAGACUUUCAAAGAUAAAAAGGCCAAGGCCUACGCAUGGCUUGAUGCCAGGGACAUAGCGGCUAAUAGCAUCGGAGUACCUACACAAGACGGGGAGCCUACCGGAGGUAAAAGAAAGCAAAGAUUGUUUAAUAACAAAGAUACCCGAGUCAAAUAUUCUCCGUACAACAAGGAAGACAAAGGUAAGGAAAGAGCAGUCCUCCCGAAGCUUACCAAAACCCCAAGGGCAAUCCUAGAAAAAGAAAAAGUGGCAAAGACCUUCGCACCCCCACCAAAGCUCAGCAACAAAAACAAGAAGAAUUGUUAUGAGUACUGUGAAUUCCACUGCGAUCAUGGUCAUGAUACUAAUGACUGCAUCAACCUAAAGAAAGCCAUAAGCAAGGCCAUAAAAGAGGGAGAGCUAGGUCACCUAUUAGUGGAGAUUCGACAAAACACCAAGGUGAAAGAUGAAGAAGGAAGCCAAGAAAGGAUCAAAGUCCCGGAACAAACAAUCUUUAUGCUUUACAAACAAGACAAGGAAUUGUCAGAUAUGGAAAGCUCCUAG